GUUACAGGAAUCGGUUGGAUAAAGGCGAUCGCGCUUUAACGGAGAAGCAUCGGAGUCGUGUGCCGUAUCCCUUGCGUUCUUCAGAUCGGUCACAUAUGAUUACAGGGGGAUUUGAGUUUUUUCAGAAGAUAAAUAAUUGACAAAAGCUCUCCCUGGUUCAUGGACUGGAAGGGUGCGCGUAACGCUCCUACUUUAUUCCAUUGGAUGAAAAUGUUUGGUUUGUGCUUGUAAAACUUCAACUCGUUUUCAGAGGAUCGUUUCAUCUUUUUUCUUUCGUGCAAGCCGGAGAGGAGAAGAGGAGAGACCGGUGAGCGUAACUGGGCUCUGGAUUGGAUAUCUUGGGGAACUAACUGACCUCCUAUACACAGGAGCUUUUUUGUUCGUCUUUCCACCAGUUUCCAGGAGGUCAGAGGUGGAGAACCACUCUUUAAGGACUAACAGCUGCCAGACGUGUGAAUCAAUGUCAAGCCCUUGUCCUCUUCAGACAGCCUAGCGAAGGUGCAGGAGGUAGCAAGCUGGCUUUUGGAAAUGAACCAGGAUCUGCUGUCGGGGGGCAGCGGCAGCAGGGCGGCCCAGCAGCAGAGGCCCGGGGAAGGUAACAGCUCCUCCGGCCGCACACCCCAGCCCCAGGCGGAGCACGUCAACCAGGUGCUGGAGGAGGAGGAGGAGCAGAGGAGAGAACCGGGCGAGGAGGAAGAGGGCAGACGGGAAGGGGAGGAGGAGCCAUGGCCUUCCGGAGGCGAACUGGUGGAGGAAGGACGGAGGAGCGAGGUGAACGGAGCCGAGAAGGGCGCCCAGUGGAUGUGGGAGGAUGAGCAGCGCCGGCGGCGGAGACGGCAUCGCGACGACGAGGAGGAGAACGAGGAGGAGGAGGAGAAUAAUAACGGCGGACGGGAUGGGCAGGGACUUCGUUCAGAGGAAGACGACGACCGGCCGGAGGAAGAGGAGAAUGGCGAUGAGGAGGAAAUGGACCAGGACAGUGAUGAGUCUGAGCAUUCAGAAGACAGUGGGAAAGAGGAGGAGGAGGAGGAGGCUGAAGAUGAGGAGGAAGGAGAGGAUGGCCUCCACUCUCCCUCCCUCAGGACCAGUGUUUCGGACCCUAAUGAUAACACGGACCAGUCCUCUGGACGACAGCACCAAAGCUCACCCUCUGUCUUCAAGAAUAAGAUGAAGAGGAAGUUGGACCAUGGCCCUGAGGUUCGACCUUUCCCUUCAGGAAAAAAGCCCUGUCCAAGUCCCACAGGACUGCCGUACCCAGCCACCCCCACCACAUUUGGGGGCUUGCGAGCGGUCAACGGGCAGGGUCAGCAGAGACGGCGUAUCACAUCCAUACAGCCCCCCACAGGCCUGCAGGAGUGGCUCCGCACCUUUCAGAGCUGGAGUGGCCCAGAGAAGCUGCUUGCGCUGGAUGAGUUGAUUGACAGCUGUGAGCCCACGCAAGUCAAACACAUGAUGCAGGUGAUCGAACCGCAGUUUCAAAGAGACUUCAUCUCACUGCUGCCCAGAGAGUUGGCCUUACACGUAUUGUCAUUUCUGGAGCCAAAGGAUCUGCUUCAGGCGGCUCAGACGUGCCGUUACUGGCGCAUUCUCGCAGAGGACAACCUGCUCUGGAGGGAAAAAUGCAAAGAAGAAGGUAUUGAUGAGCCCUUGCACAUAAAGAGAAGGAAGGUUAUCAAGCCAGGGUUCACGCAUAGUCCCUGGAAGAGUGCCUACAUCAGACAACACAGAAUAGACACCAACUGGAGGAGAGGAGACCUCAAAUCACCUAAGGUGUUGAAAGGCCAUGACGACCAUGUCAUCACCUGUCUCCAGUUCUGUGGAAAUCGCAUAGUGAGCGGGUCAGAUGACAACACACUCAAAGUGUGGUCUGCUGUUACUGGAAAGUGUUUGCGGACGUUAGUCGGCCACACCGGAGGGGUCUGGUCCUCUCAGAUGCGAGACAACAUCAUUAUCAGUGGCUCCACAGACCGAACACUGAAGGUCUGGAAUGCAGAGACAGGAGAAUGUAUCCACACGCUGUAUGGUCAUACCUCAACAGUGCGCUGUAUGCACUUGCAUGAGAAAAGGGUGGUGAGCGGUUCUCGGGACGCCACGCUGCGGGUUUGGGACAUAGAGACGGGUCAGUGUUUGCACGUGCUCAUGGGUCACGUGGCAGCUGUUCGCUGCGUGCAGUAUGACGGCCGUAGGGUUGUCAGCGGGGCCUAUGACUUCAUGGUGAAAGUGUGGGAUCCUGAAACCGAGACCUGCCUACACACACUCCAGGGUCACACCAACAGAGUCUACUCCCUACAGUUCGAUGGCAUCCAUGUAGUGAGUGGCUCGUUGGACACGUCAAUUCGGGUGUGGGAUGUAGAAACGGGAAACUGUAUUCACACGCUCACAGGUCAUCAGUCUCUCACCAGCGGCAUGGAGCUCAAAGAUAAUAUCCUCGUCUCUGGGAACGCUGACUCUACCGUCAAGAUCUGGGACAUCAAGACCGGCCAGUGCCUACAGACACUGCAAGGUCCCCACAAGCACCAGAGUGCAGUAACAUGCUUGCAGUUCAACAAGAAUUUUGUCAUCACCAGCUCCGAUGACGGUACGGUGAAGUUGUGGGACCUUCGGACUGGCGAGUUCAUCCGCAACCUGGUCACACUGGAGAGCGGAGGUAGCGGCGGUGUGGUCUGGCGAAUCCGCGCCUCCAACACCAAACUCGUUUGCGCGGUGGGCAGCCGUAACGGCACGGAGGAAACCAAGCUCCUGGUGCUGGACUUUGAUGUGGACAUGAAGUGAAGGGGGUGAACUUAAAGGGGACUUGUUUGUAAAAUGGGGAGGGGGGGGGAGAGCAACCUGCCCCGGGUCUUUCCGCGCCAGGACCGAUCGCUCACUUCAUGGCAUCUCCACCUCCCCGAUAAGUUGCCGCCAACAUCUCUCCCAGUCGUGCCACGGUCCGCGACCGCCGCCACAGUUCCGUUCACCUUCCGAAGGGGGGAGGGGUGGGGGCAGAGGCUCAUGCGCCACAGCAUUCUGGGAAGGAAACUGACAGGAAGGACUUGGGAAGACUGGAUUGUCCCUUCUCCUACCACUCAAGGCGACCUUGCACAGAGACUUGUUCGCUCAAGCCUGACUGAAAUUCACACCCAUAUGUACAAACGUUAUUUUUUUUAUCAAAACAGUCAACACUGUAUACAUGAAACCCUAACGCAUCAACACGGACACGGAGUGAUAAAUAGUGUAUACAAAUAAAAUUUUAAUGGAGAGAGAUGAGAAUUGAGGAGCUUUGUACUGCGGGAGUAAUUCGAGAAAGAGAGACAAAGGAAGCCAAUUUUGUCAGUCCUCAUCAACCUCAGCACACGCCAAAAAUCCCUUUCUUCCUCGCACGUUAUUUUCUUUUGUAUCCGUUCUUUUUUUUUUUUGCUUCUUUUUUUUUUUUACUUUGUUCCCCACAACUUUUUUUUUUUUUUUUUUGUGCAUCAACAGCUGUGAAUUAAAGUUUUGUGCUUUCUUUUCAAGUUCAGCAUUUUUUGUUCACUUCCUGCCUACUGUUGCAAACAACAGGUCUCAGUAUUAAGCUAAACCCACUCUGCUGUUUCACACAUUUUUGAGGUUUUACUUGUGAUGUUUUUUUUUUUUUUCUAAAUAUAAAUUCUGUUCUCCAUAAGCAGUGCCUCUCUGGAUCGGAGAUGACCUGCGUUCAUUGUUUUUCAACCAGUCUGGUCUCAUUAGUUCAUCAGUGCUGGUGCUCUGUGGGAAAUGAGAAUGUUUUCCCAUAAGCUCCUGGGAAUAUGUCUCUUCCCACUCCCCACCUUUUUUUCCCCCCCAGUACUGUCCAUCCCAGUGGCCAAACUGGAUUUUAUGCUGCUAGACACAGAAAAAAACAAGGUGGAACUUUAACUGGCUGUGACGUUUUAGUCCCAGACGAAAUUCUAAACAAAAGUUACUUUAGAGUUUGAACUUAUAAAACAACGACACAAACAAACGUACCAACAAAAGCAAGACAUCGACAUAACAGCUUCUUUUUUUUGCCACUGAAACUUGAGCCAAAUGUGCCUCUACGAGGCGUAGAGGAGGGAGAAUGUCUGACAAAGAGACGGGUUUGUCUGCUGAGAUGAAACGACAGACGAGUAGAAACUAUUUUGCGCGUUUGUGAGCAUGACUGGGUGUGCGUGCGUGCGGGUGUGUGUUUGAGCAAAUUGUUCACACAUUCCUUGGGACAAAAGCUCCGCCAGCCUGUUCUGUGUGGAAAUGUAUGCUCCGACAAAAAAAGAAUACCGUUCUUGUUUUUAAUGAGUUGAAAAACGAGAUUGUUGGAACCGACGUUAAGUUACAGAGGUGGUCUUAGUGUACAGAAAUGGACAUCUGAUUACGUUUUAAGUGCUAGAGCUAACCUGGUUCCGUUGGUAAUGCUCUCUUGAGGUUUUUUUUUUGUUAAUUUUUUUUUUUUUAUAGUAAAGCAGCUUCAUAGAUAAACAACGUAACCGCAUCCGUAGCCAAACGAUUCGUCUCAUCCUCCAAGUCACACAACUCAAGCUGAACUGUGAAAGUGGUUUAACACUGUAUAUUAAAAGAAAAAACAAUCUUG